AUGCAGAAAGACGAAGAAGAGGGAACACAUCGUUGCCUUCCCUACACGCGAGCCCUGUACCCAGACGGUACCAGUGGGCGACGCGGGGCGGGCAGUGGACUCCAAGGCCGGGUGCCCGGGGUGCAGAGCCGAGGCCGGACCGGCUCACGCAGGGCGGGAGGGCAGCGGCGGGGGGGACCGGGGGGCGCGCAGCGGGGGUUCGCCAGCCCCGCCCCAGCCCAAGCGGCCUUGCGCCACGGGGAUUCAGUUACGGGAAAAAUUCUGGUCCCUGUCGGGUUUCAGAAGGGGACGUGGGCUGGCGCGGCCUGCCGGACUCCAGCAGCGAGGCGCACCGCUGCCAGGACCCGGCGGUCACGCCCCAUCGGAGCAGCCUGGGCGGCUCCGCGGAGGCGGCUCUGCGGCGGCGCGGCGGCUCGGCGGCUCGGCGGCUCGGCGGCUCGGGCCUCGGGCCUCCAGCUCUGCUGCGUGCUCUUCUCCCGCUCUCCUCGGCUUCUGCCCUCGCCGAGGGCCGCGCUCGCAGCCCUGGAGGACCUCGCGGCCCCCGAGGCGGCCGCCUGCGCCAUCUGCCAGCGCACGUUCCGCGAGCCGGUGCGCGCCGACUGCGGCCACCAGUUCUGCCGGGCGUGCGUGGUGCAGUUCUGGGCCGAGGAGGACGGGCCCUUCCCGUGCCCCGAGUGCGCCGACGACUGCUGGCAGCGCGCCGUGGAGCCCGGCCGCCCGCCGCUCAGCCGCCGCCUGCUGGCGCUCGAGGUGGCCGCCGCGGGGUCCGCGCGCGACGCCCCGGCCAGCGAGGCCGCGCUGCAGCUGCUGUGCCGCGCCGACGGGGGCCCGCUGUGCCGCGCCUGCCGCAUGGCCGCCGCGCCCGAGCCGCCCGAGUGGGAGCCGCGCUGGAGGAAGGCGCUGCGGGGCAAGGAGAAUAAGGGAUCUGUGGAGAUCAUGAGGAAGGACCUGAAGGAUGCUCGAGAUCUGCACGGCCAGGCAGAGUCGGCAGCUGCUGUGUGGAAGGGCCACGUGAUGGACCGCAGGAAGAAGGCGCUGACCGACUAUAAGAAGCUGCGCGCCUUUUUUGCUGAGGAGGAGGAGCAUUUCCUGCAGGAGGCAGAGAAGGCAGAGGAGGUGCCUGACGAUGAGGGUGCUGAUUCAGUGGAGAGAUUCAGGACCCUGCUGCAGGCUGUCUCGGAGCUGGAGAAGAAGCACCGCAACCUGGGUCUCAGCAUGCUGCUUCAGUGAUGGCGCUGGCCCAGCAGGAGGGUUCUCUCCUGGAGCGUGAGGCAGAAGAAAGUGCUUCUACACGCUGGCUCGCAGGCCCUCCCUCUGCCCUUCCUUGAGGCCUCCGUCCAGGCCCCUGGCUGUUCUUCAUCCCAGGGCCCUCUCCACUUGAACCAUUAACAUGUAGACACGGGGAAAAGCACCUGUGGGUGCCCCUGCCAUUGGUUGUUCGAGAUAGUAAUUUUCAACAAACCGUUCGUUUUUCAUUUUUUCUGAGGUGUUAAUAUUUUUGAGGCUGCAAACGUUUUUAUAGUAGAGGCUUGUCACAGGGGAGACUUUAGCCCAGUUGUGUUUCAUCUUUUCAUAAAACUCCUGUCGCUGAUACAUUUCAUCAGAAAUUUGCCUGGAGUCUCAGUUGCCCAUGAUGAUGGUCUAGAUUCUUGCGCCUUGGGACAUUUCUCUCAGAUGCCAAGGGAACCAGAUCCUGUACGUUUUUAAUGAUUUGAGACAGGGUUGUUCUACUGGACAUUCAUACCCAUGCCCAGAGAUCAUUUGGCAGAUGCAUAAGGCACAUGCAUUGAGGCUAAACUUGGGUUAAGCUUCAAGGAGGAGCCAUUACCAAGGGGGCAUCAUGACUCCUGGUGGGGAAAGAGGGAGGCACCUGAACUACCAUCAGCAAAGUAAGGGCUUGUCUGCCUUCCACUGUCACUCUGGCUCCCAGUCCCCGACAGUGUAUGCUAUCAGAGAGAUGUGCCUACAGUGUGGAGUCCACAGAAAUGUCUGCCCAGGCUUCCUCAUGGGCCCAGAGAAAGCCCAGACUGGCACUGAUGCAGAUCCACCUCGGUGUUGGCAGCAGGAAGCUGAUCGCUCCUGUGAGCUUCUGCCAGGGCGUUGUACUGCUACAACCGCAUCUUUGUUGUUUUGUGAGUGGAACCCAACCUUCCAGAAAAAGGGGAGAAAGGGAUGGAAGGGGGUGGGGAGCAGAACAAAGGAAGGGAGGAAGAAGAAUAUUUUGACCCCCCCCCCCAUAUAGGAGGCAUCCAUCUCCUGAGGUGUGCCUGCUGGGAGUGGUGCAGGUACCAUUACCCUUUAUCCUUAGACCUCUUUCCCCACCUCUGUUGGCCAGUUUUACCUGUUGGCCAUUCUUGCCUGACUUGUACUUCUCAUUUCUUUCUUCAUUGUCUGUCCUGCCUCAAGCCUAAUGGAAGAUUUUUUAGGCAGGGAGGAAGCAGUGCUGGGCUGGAAGUCUGAGGCCCCCAAGCUGUGGGUGGGUGGUCCAUCUCCAGAUCAUGACAGCUCUGAGGAGCUCAUGGGGUCGCCAGGCCUCACUGUGGUAUUCUGUCUCAUGGUACCCCACUGCUUGUUACUGCUAUGUGUUUCCUGUGAUACAUUACUUUAGUAAGCUGUACGAUUUGGUAGUAGUGCAUUGUGUAUGGCAUCCAUGUGUAUAUAGAUUAGUCUAAGUUAGAAGAACGCAGCACAAAGUAGACAAAAAUGAGAGGUCUGAGAAUGUUGAUGCAGAUAUGCAUUUAGGGUUGUGUGGGUUGAGCACUUGAAUUCCAGCCUGGCUGUAGGACAGGAUACUGCUGUCAGCAUCGAGAGGUACCAGCUUGCUUGUUACUUAGAUGCCUGCUGUCAUGAGGGGAGAGGACUUCCUCAUGGUGCCAUUGUUCCACAAGAAGCAGGCGACACCAAUGUCUUCAUUCCUCUGGCAGCAGAGAGCCUCAGAUGUGAUGGCUUCAAGGGUCUGGUCAAUGACAUCCACACCACUGAGGGCCUGUGUGGGUGGGUGUUACAGUUCUGUGUAAUGGUGAACCCGUUAAGCUAAGCUGUAACAGUGACUAUUGUAAGAGGUCGUGGUUGUUAACGGUGGCUUACAGAAGAGCAUGACUGAGUACUGUGGCUGAAUCCCCUUUUAGGCACGCGUCACAGCGUACAGCCACACUGGCGUGCAGCCGUUGAGUGCUGGAGCAGGACGGUCAGAACCCAUGUACACACUGUAUAGUUGGAGGUGGUGGAGCAGACGUACUGGCCAGCAGGUGUCGGCCAGUCAGUCGAUGCCUGCAGAGAAGACUGCCAGGGACGUAGCUCCGAGCUUUGUGUUCCAUGCCUGUUCACUCUGGAAACUGGUUUUGGUGAUCAAUGAGCUGCCGUUAGGGGGGCCCAUUUGUGUAUAUAGUUUUUCAGCCCUGAGGAAUAAUUGGCUUUUCAUACUGAUGACGUGUGGCAUUUUUCUUGUGGCCUCGAGGAGUGUGCUGUCAUCCUGACAGCUUGGAGGCACGCCUGCCUGGUGCCUGGGCAGGCUCUCACGUGGUGGCGAAUAAAGUUGAGUUUGCUUCAGCCUGUUUGCUGCUUUAUUCCCUCUUUCCCUUCUCUGUGUGUCAGCGUGGCCUCCCUCCCUUUGUGGCCCUUGUGAGGACUGUGAGCAAUACAAGAUGGGUCCUGCCUGCAAAGGACUCCGGGAAAGAGCUAGAGUACCUAACCAGGUGGUAACCUAAGCCAGGAAAAAAAAUGCCAAACACCUGGCUCUCUGGUAACAUCAAUUGGAAUCCAUUUACUAGUACAAAACCAACCCUGUCCGUCACAGAUAAGACUUUUUUUCUGGGUUCCCCUACAUGUAUCGUUGCACGUAAGCACUGAAUAUAUAAACCCACACCCCAUACUGCCUUGCGUGGUGGCCCUUUACCCGGGUGACUCGGUGCUUCAGCUGUCUAUACUGAGAAUCUUGGCUCCCACCUCUGUAAGUUCCCUAAUAAAGCUAGAUCUGACCCA